GGAUUUCCAAGAGGGUGAGUUGAACACGAUAAGAACAAAAUCAAUGCACAGUAUGCAUAAAUGUUUUAGACACUUAAAAGGUUAUAGGGGGGAAGAGAGAUGAUAGGUUAAGGUCUAAAAUCUGCUAAAAGAUUUGCUUUUGACAUUCAAAAUCUGCACACCAUACACACUUACCACAACAACUAACUACUAGUAUAGUGUAGGUAGCCCCUUCACAUCUAUGCCUUAAAUGAGGCCCAGGCCCCAUUUCGCUACAACACUGCAAACAGUCGCUGCUGUUGGCUGCCACUACUGCUGGCACUGCCACUGGAGAGAGAGGCGCCGUUCCCUUUUUUUCCUGAUUUUUUCGUAUCUCUCCCCACCACUAACAUCCACAAAGGCCCUCAACCCAACUCUUUGUCCUCUUUUUAGAUCUCUCUUUCAAUGACAUUUCAUUGAUGGCUGAUGACUUUUUUAACACCCACCUCUCUUCCUCCUCCAAUUAUUCGUUAUAAAACUCCUGACAUCCACUCCUGCUUCUUCUACAAACAGCAAAACAGAACAUGGUUGGUCCAAGAUCAAUUCCUCAUUGGCUUGGGGUUCUUCUUGGACAAAAGUUCUUCGAUCCUUGCAUACUUCAUGAAUCUGCAAAGAAGAAUGAGAAGAACAUUUUCUGCUUGAAUUGUUGCAUUACAAUUUGCCCUCACUGCUUGCCUCUUCACCGUCAUCAUCGUCGCUUACAGAUAAGAAGGUAUGUUUAUCAAGAUGUUAUACGAUUGAGUGAUGCUCAGAAACUGAUCAAUUGUUCCCUCGUUCAACCUUACACAACAAACAGUGCCAAAGUAAUAUUUUUGAAUGAAAGGCCAAUGUCACGCCCAUUUAGAGGCUCUGGUAACUUGUGCGUCAAAUGCGAUCGCAGCCUUCAAGACUCGUUUCUCUUCUGCUCCCUCUCUUGCAAGGUUAAGCACUUGUUGUACAAAAGUAGAAAUGAUUUUUGGUUGGUAGAGCAGGAAGAGGAUCCUCAAAUGACUCCUGACUCAGUCCUGGACUCCCAUAGAUCAAGUUGGUCAGGAGGAUCCGCAAACACAGCUGCCACUAGCAAUGGUGACAGUGGAACCAACUGCAAGCCAUCUUUACUACUUUGCACAGCUACAACCGAGUUUCUCAAGAUAAACAAGAAGAAACGGAGCUGCAUCCUAACCCCUCGAGUUCCCCACCGCCACAGAUGCCCACAGGCUGAGAGUAAUAGCCGCCGGAAAGGUGUGCCUCAUAGAUCACCUUUGAAUUAAAUGGGUUGUGUUUCCAAAGAAAUGGGGAAGUUUUGAGUGCAUUGUAAAAUCAAUUAAUUGCUCUUCCUCAAAUUUUGUAUAGUUUUUAAACCUAUUAGACAUAAGAAUACAUAUUAGAAUUGGAUCACUGUUAAAAGAAUUAGAGAAAGAUGAUUCGUUAUGUCAAACUUGUAGUAAUUCAGAUGGGAUUCUAAAUCUAAGCCAUUGUUGUAGUCAAA